AUGCCGAAGUCAAAAAGACGUACUCGUUCUGAAACAUUUGGAUUCAAAAAACGUUCCAGUUCCAGCUAUUAUGAAGAACCGCCGAAGUCUUCCAGCGAAGAUGAAUUUAUUCUUAAUUUACAACAAGAUAAAGACAUUGAUUUCAGCUCUGCAGAUGUUUUAUCGAAGGUAAGCGAAGUAAUGGAAUUCCUGAAACAAACAAGUAGUACCAAAUGUCUGAGUGUGUUACUUUAUAUGUCCUUACGACGUUUCAACAUUACAUAUCGUGAUACUGAUGCAUUUUUGGCCGAAGUCGGAGGUUACAGAGCACAGGCCUGUCACAGACAGACAGACAGACUUCUUAACUACGGUUUUGACAGAUUUGUGGCCAGCGCCCGAGGUGGAAAACGAGGAGAUUCGUUCUGGGACGUAUAUUCCGAUAUGGAAGCGGCAGCCCGCGACUUUGCAAUACAAGGCUGCAUGCGUAAAGCUGCAUCAUUCACAGUGGAAGAAUUGGCAGAUUAUAUUGACACCAAAUAUCGUGAAAUACAUGGCUUACCGAAAGACGGCUCAGGUUACAUUCGCUCGGUUCAGAGCUGCCGCUUAGAUUUGGAAAGAUGGGUAAUAACUCAUUCGGCAAACAAAUCUCGUCCUUAUUUCGUCGGUCAUGAGAGGAGCGAUGUUAUUGAGCACAGAAAUACAAUCAUCGAUUAUUUUUUAUCGAGAGAACAAUGUUAUUAUCGAGUUACAGACGGAGAUGACCCGACAUGGAUAGCCCCGACAGCUCGGGAGCAGGUCGUGCUGAUUUGCCAUGAUGAAGCAACCUUUCGAUCAAACGAAAUUAGUAACAAACGUUGGAUGGCUCCCGGUCAUGAGCCAUUUUAUGUGAAAGGUCGCGGGCGCUCCCUGAUGGUUUCCGAUUUCUUGCUCUGUGUUCCAUCUUCGCC